UUUCAGGACCUUCAGGUGGACCGGGAGAUGCUGCUGACCUCCAAUCGGAGCGUGGCGGAGGAGAGCCUCGCCCGACGACCUCGCCUUUGUAACGGCAAACUCCAACUGGCGGAGAAAUACCGGCAACUGUCCAACCUGGCAGCCACAUGCUGGGAAAAACAGAGUCAGCUUGAGGCUCGCGGCCAGAAGCACAGCCUGCAGACGGCGCAGAACCUCCUGCAGGAAGAGGUGGCACGUGCCGAGGAGCAUUCAGAGGAGCUGCUGGAGAAAUUCAUGGAGGGAAACGUAAGCCUGGAUGAGUUCCUGGACUCCUUCCAAAGCUCCAGGAAGACGUAUCAUAUCCGCCGGGCUCAGGCGGAGAAGAUGCAGGAGGUCGCCCAGGCCAAGCGGCAGCCGAGCAAAACGAAGAGAGCGGAGGAGAGCAAAGUCCCCGACGUGAGGAAGGACUCGGAGCAGCCUCCGGAGCCCCAGCGGCCCAACGGCUUCGUGGCGCAGGGACCUCUCAGAGUGUUCCAGGUACGCUACGGCCUCACGCCAGCCAUCCUCCUCCCUCACUACCCCGUUUCUCCCCCUGCCUCGGCUCCAAGCUAUCCGAGCAGCACCCCUCCACCUGAACCGCAGCCGGGACAGACCCACAUCCUCAGCCCCAGCACCCCACUUCCAGGACACGGCCAGCCGGUCGGCCUCAGGGUCAUCGGACAGUUACCGGGCGGCUGGCCGGCCCACGGGCGGCCGGUGAGGGUGCAGCAGCUUUACAGGCCGAACCCUCAACAGCCUGAACCGCCGUACCGAUAAGCUCGAGGAGGAAGGGGAGGAUGACGGAGGAUGAAGGUUUUUGAAAAGGUCUUCCGAGACGUGGAACCAAACGGUGGCUGUCACAAUCAUGUAAGCAAAGACUGAUCCAGAGCCAGGCAGCACUGCAGUCGUCCGUUUCUGUUCUCCAUCCAUGACACACAAAUGUAACCAGAGCAGAGAUAGCGAGGCGGCUGAGGACAGAGAGGACCGGGGAUGGGCUCCGAUAGCCGGAUUCGUUAACCUAAUGAAUCUCUUAUCAAACUCUCUUUUUAUUGCUUUUUUUUUUCCCGAUACAGACGAAUAGACGGGCUUUUUUUAUAAGUCCGAUAACAGUAAAGACGUUUUGUCGCUGUGAAAACUGGACUAAAUAUCAUAAAAUGUAGAUUCUUAGCUUUAUUUAACGGCAUUUGAUGAAGAUAUUCUUACUGUUUGAUCUCCUGGACAGGUUUCUUGAGGAAAAGGACAAAAAAAAGUGCGGUGCCACCUCCAGCUCUGAUUCGUCUACAGGAAGCAGCUUCUGUCGCUGUAGCCAGUUAGUCAGUCCCUCCAGGAUUUCACUGGCCUUUUGUUGGUAAUUGUUGGGUCUAAUAAUUUUAUAAUUGGUACAGUCUAGAUCGGGAAGAUUUGGUGUUACACAAAUAAAACUGAAUUGAAUUAAAAUGCCUGAUUUCAAGGCGACUUUUCUGUUUAAAACAUUGAAACUGCAGGAAAAAGUGUGCGAGGGACAGUUACGAUUGGUGAAACUCGAUGAACACUACGGUGACGAUUGUACAACAUUGUAAGGUUGCGUAGAAUUCACGAGGAGUUGUUUUAAAUUUGCGUUAAUUGUCGCGAUCGCAGCUUCCUGGAGAGACUGGUUAAUGUUAAAUCUGUAACGUCUCUAUUACGCUGCUCAAAUUAUUCGUGUUUCUGCCUUCUCAGCCAACGAAAGCCGAUUAAACAUCUUUAAUGCCAUUCGGAAAAAGGGAUUCUGAUUUGAUAAGUGGAUUCGAUUACUGGAUUUGAAUUCGAUAAACUGCUAUCGAACCCCAUCCCUACGGAGGACGUGAACGUUUUUAUUACUUUUAACUUUAUUAUGAUUUUUUUUGUUUUUAUACUUUACAUGGACAGAUGUGAAGCACAAGGUUGUGAAGCACAUCUUCAACGCCAAAACACAGAAAAAAAAGAGGAUCUCAUUGUUCAUUCAUACACUUUUAGGACCGAGAGAGGCUUUGUGAGAUGCCAGGAGUCAUCGAAAUGAGCGAUGGCAUCAAUAAAAGGGUGUUUUAAUAUAAACUCUCAUUGUUUUUCAUCUCAUCAAAGAAAGGCAAUGACAUUUAUACUUGGAACACUUCCCAAGAUCAUGAAUGCUGAUAUUAAAUCACUGCGGAGCAAAAGAGCAGAGCAGGUGGUAUUUAUUGAUAAUUCCCAGACUGUAACCUGUCAAUAGUGUGUGUGUGUGUGUGUGUGUGUGUGUGUGUGUGUGUCAGCAUCACAGAUGAUUUCCCAAAGCCGUCUGCCUUCUUUUCAUGCGAUUUCAUGAACAGUGUUGGAGCUCACAAGAUUUAUUUAUUCAUGUAAAUCCUAUUUUAAAUGGCUGACUUCAAAGCUUCUUGUUUACCGUGCUAAAUGAAGAGCUGCCUCUCCUUUUCAAGGCAGCCAGUGUUUUUAUUUUUUAUUAUUUUCUCCCGCCCACCCCGAACUGAGAAGCAGAGUGAGGGGAAUUUAAUCUCUAUGAGAAUACCAGCGCUCUGCAAGCCCACAGUCGAAUAUAAGGAGGUUUAGGAAGGUUUCCCCCCCUUCUCAUUCGCUCUCCUCAUUAUCCGUCCUUCAGCAUUUAAAGGGAGACGCUCUGGAAUGUAGUUUUUAAUGGUUCUGCUCUCGAACGUACAUCUUUUGCUCAUUAAUAACUCAUAAGUGCAUGCUUAAUACUUACAAAGUACAUGAAAAUGCCUUUUGCAGGCCAGUGCCCAGUUGCAUAAAGAACCUAAAGAAAAGGUCUUUUUUUGGGAGAUUUAACGUUGUGGAGAGAAAGAGUCGUAAUUAAAGCUGGGUCAUCUCCUCGGUAAGCAUUCGUAAAAGGUGCAGUGUGUAACAUUUAGGAGGAUCUACUGGUGGAAAAUAAUAGUUUUCAUUCGUGUGUAAUCGCCUGAAUAUGAGAAUCUGAGGCCGCCAUGUUUCUACAGUAGCCCAGAACAGACAAACCAAACACUGGCUCUAUAUACGCCCGUUUUUAGCGUGUUUAAUGGGUUGUAAUCUCCUCUAAAUCAUACACACUGGACCUUUUUUAAAUCAAAAUAAGUGAGAUUCGUAAAUGCGUUUCAAGGUUUUGACUUUUUCUUCGGUAAGUUUGACGUCGGUCCAAUCUGAUAACGCUCCGUUGAGAUCUGUGAGUGCGGCUGCAUCGCUAAAAAGAAGUGGAAGUGGUCAACAGGUGCAACAUUUCUGGGUAAAAUAUAUCUGAUAUUGUGUCUUCAGCUAUCUGCACACGUCUUUGGAUCUGAAGUGAGAUAAAAUUGGUUAGCCUGUCGUCCCUGAAGACCGCUGCUGUAAAAGGAAAUCAAGUCAACCAUCAAAUCCUGAGCUGUAUACUUUAUUUUAUCUUUAUUUUAUCUUUAAAUUCUGUGUAUUUGGUUUGUUUUUUG